AUGUCCAGCUCUACACCCUCGAGGUGAGUUAACCUUCUCCUCCCCUGCCCAUUGCUGCCGAACCCUUCCUGGUAUACUGAAUUUAUGGCUGACUUUACCCCUCUUUCUGCGCAACAGCUUGCGAAUGCCCUCAGCCAGAACUGUGGCAAGAAUAUGCACCGCGAGCUCUCAAGCCGAGCCUUCACUGACGCCAUGUUGAAACUUGCAAACGACCGUAAUACCCACACCCAAGUCAAGGCCAAGAUCCUCGAGCGCAUGAAGGAGUGGUCCGACAUGUUCAGCAAGGAUCCCGAUCUCGGCAUCAUGUACGACGCAUACUUUCGCCUCAAGCAGAACAACCCGACUUUGCAGGCCCCCUCGGCGCCCCAGAAGACUGGCUUAACCGACCUUGAUCGUCAGAAGGAGGACGACGAGCUUCAGAUGGCCUUGAAGUUGUCGCUGCAAGAGGAGGAAAAGAAAAAGGCGCCUGCCGAGUCGAGCGCCGGUCCGUCCUCCUCCGCCGCCGCCACCGGAUCCUCGACACAGGCGGCUGCACAGCCCCAAGUUCACUCUACACCCGUACCUGCUGGCACGACGGCUGCCACGGUGUCAAGGGUGCGAGCAUUAUACGACUUCGUUCCUUCCGAGCCGGGUGAACUCGAGUUCAAGAAGGGCGAUGUUAUUGCAGUCCUCGAGUCGGUUUACAAGGAUUGGUGGCGGGGCUCGCUCAAGGGGAAGACAGGAAUCUUCCCCCUCAACUACGUCGAGAAGCUCACAGAUCCGACUCCCGAUGAGCUGGCGCGUGAGGCGCAGAUGGAGGCCGAGGUGUUUGCAGAGAUCAAGAAUGUCGAGAAGCUGCUCACGCUUUUGAGCACGUCCAACACGGCGCCGAGAGAAGAGGAUAACGAGGAGAUAUCGAAGCUCUACCACCAAACGCUGGCCAUCAGGCCGAAGCUGAUUAAGCUUAUUGAGAAGUACUCCCAGAAAAAGGAUGACUUUACACAGCUGAAUGAGAAGUUCAUCAAGGCUCGCCGCGACUACGAGUCUCUCUUGGAAUCGUCCAUGUCGCAUCCUCCUCAGCCUAGUUACCACCAGUAUGCCAUGAGACCCGGUCCCGGCGGGUACCCAAGCGGACCAGGGGCGGGCUAUCCUCCCCAGGGUCCUCCCCAGGGUCAUCCUCAGGGCCCUCCUCAAGGCCCUCCCCAGCAACAGCAGCAGCAGGAGCAGAGAUACUAUACUCCAGCACCCCAAGAACAACCACAAUACCCUCAGUCUACGCCCUCGCCGAACUUCCAGCGUCCGGCACAGGCAACGCCUGCUCCUUUCUACGUAGCCGGUGCAGAGGUUCCUUCAGCACCGCCUCACAACCAACCGCAACAGUAUCCCCCGCGUGACCAACGUAUUCCAUCCACGGGCAAGGCACAGGUGCCGCCGAUCAACACCUCGUCACCGCCGCCGGCCAACACGUAUUCCGCAUACUCUGUGCCUCCUAACCAAGGAAGGCCACAGAGCACCUACGGCCCCCAGGAGCUGGCAACCUCUGUCUACGACUCGCCCAUUGCUACCCACAACCCGAGCUCUGCUGCAACAUACACAUCCUCCGUAUAUUCCCAAGAUGACUACAAUAACGGUAGCCCCGUCGUAGGUAACUCGACCGUUCCAGCACCUUCGUCAUUCCAACCAUCGGCACCACCAGCCGGAGAGCCCUCACAACCGCCUCAACAACCGCCGCAACAGCACCACCAGCCACAAUACCAGAGCUAUCAACCACCUGGAGCUCAGAGGCAGGAUAAUUACGUCAGUGCCCCUACUCAGGCACCACCGCCUGUACCGACUGGAGCGGCCCCGCCUAUCCCUGGUGCCGGCCGAUCUGAAGUGAUGACACCGCCGCCCCUACAGCCUGGUGGCGCAGCCUACGAUGCUAGAAACAGUCUUCCGAGCCAGGGACCAUCACAGCCGCAGUACAGAGCGUAUGUUCCGCCCGGCGGCGGUGCCGAUGGGCCAAGCGCACCGCCCGCUGCGGAUUACUAUCGACAGAGUGGCGUGUACUAGACGCGGGGACGAGGCAGUAGCGACCUUGACAUCAAGGGAAAGGCGGUCAGUUUGGUCGUAGGUUAUCCUAUUGGGCGGAGUAUAUUCGAUAUUUUAAUGACUUUCAUUCAUUGUGUCUGGGAGGGUAUCUUGUGCAUUGUCGGCCGCUCUCUCGGGGCCAUGCAAAGUUGUCUAGUAGUCAAUCGUGUUGGUUGAAUUCAGGAAGACGAAGGCCAGCUUUUUUGGGGAGUUGCGAAGCCCAUACAGAGAGGAACAUCAUACCCGGCAUGGCGGGCAGUUUGUCGAUUGCGAGGAGACGUACCACCGUAGUCAAGGUAGAAAGCAAGGGAAAUGGGAUGGAGAGGGUAAAUAAUACUCGAAAUCUGUACACUAUCAUGUCUCGUCAUUGGUGUAUUCCUUGUUCCCAUUGUGAGCUCGCUGUUGCGAGCAAUGUGUGGCAAAGUAGAUGAAGGACAGGCAGAAAAAGGAGCUCAUUUGCACCUGUACUUGAUC